GAAACUGUCGAAACGUGAUGCACCUCUUUCUCCAUCUCUGCUCUUUUUGUUUGGUUGUUUGGGUAACGGCAGCCGUUACUAGCUCCAUGUAUUUCCCUCGUUCUACACCAACAGACCCGAUAUUCUCUAGGAUUGUCGCAAUAAACGUGAAAUAUGUUGUAUGUUGUAUGAGUACCCUCCCAAAAGCCACUCUCCUUUGCUAUUCUUAGCCAUCUUUCUCUCCCUUGCAUGCACCUGUCAUCUCUCUCUCUCUCUCUCUCUCUCUCUCUCUCUCUCUCUCUCUCUCAUUUCCUCUCUUCUUCAUACUUUCAUAGCUGUUGACAGAUUUUCUUUUUAAUGCUCUAUUCAAAAGAGAUAUAAAUGCAUUGUUUUAUUCAAGAUGCAUCAACCCCCUCAGACCAUUUCUUGCAGCAUUCACUCACUCAACUGAUGCGAGAUUAUACAUCACUGUAAAAGCUUUCUUUUGCUUCUUUAACAGCUGCUGACAUUCUUCUACUUCCUUCUCUAGGCAGGGGUAAAUGAAGCUCUAGCUAAUACUUAGCAAAGCGUCUGCAGAGAUCCUGCUUCUUGGCCUUCUGUUUUUUCUGUUCUUGUAUCGAAAUGCCUCAUAGGCAAAUGAAAGAUCUCCCAGAGAAGCACGUGGUUUCCAAGAAACCACUGCAGAACUCCAUGAAUCAGCAGAGAGCCACAUCCCAAAAUCUUCAGAGCUUUGAGGUUUCAAUGCAAGAUGUUAAGAAGAGUAUUGGGAGGAGGAGGGGAAGAGGUAGAGGGAAGGGCGCCCAAAUGGAGAGGAUUGCUGAGGCGGUGGUCGAUGGUCUCGAUGUGGGGCCUCCGGUUUCAAGCAAAGGGCUCAGAUUUCAUCAACGUCCUGGGUAUGGCCAAGUGGGUACCAAGUGCAUCGUCAAAGCCAACCAUUUCCUUGCUGAGUUACCCGACAAGGACUUAAUCCAAUAUGACGUUACUAUUACUCCUGAAGUAGCAUCUCGAAAUGUGAACAGAGCUAUCAUGGCCCAGUUAGUGAAGGUUUACAGAGCAACUGAUUUGGGUAUGAGGCUUCCUGCUUAUGAUGGAAGGAAGAGUCUUUAUACAGCUGGGUUGCUGCCUUUUAGCUCAAAGGAGUUCUACAUCAAGAUUGUUGAUGAAGACGAUGGAUUUGGCAUUGCAAGAGAGAGGGAGUUUAAGGUGGCGAUCAAAUUUGUGGCCCGGGCUGACCUGCAUCACUUACGUCAGUUUCUUGCUGGAAAGCAAGCUGAUGCGCCUCAAGAGGCUCUACAGGUUCUUGAUAUUGUCUUGAGGGAACUAUCAAGCCAUAGGUAUAUGUCGAUUGGGAGGUCUUUCUAUUCUCCUGAUAUCAGAAAACCACAGAGGCUGGGUGAUGGGUUACAAUCAUGGUGUGGCUUCUACCAAAGCAUACGCCCAACUCAAAUGGGCUUGUCUCUCAAUAUUGACAUGUCUUCAACAGCUUUUAUUGAACCACUCCCUGUAAUCGAGUUUGUAGUUCAAAUUUUGGGUAAAGAUGCAUUGUCCAGGCCACUCUCUGAUGCUGACCGAAUUAAGAUUAAGAAGGCCCUUAGAGGUGUCAAAGUCGAAGUCACGCACAGAGGAAACGUGCGGCGGAAAUAUCGAAUUUCAGGGUUGACAUCGCAGCCCACGAGGGAGCUAAUUUUCCCUGUCGAUGAUCAAAUGAACAUGAAAUCAGUCAUUGAAUACUUCCAAGAGAUGUAUGGAUUUACCAUUCGGCACUCUCAUCUUCCAUGCCUUCAAGUAGGAAAUCAAAAGAAGGCAAAUUAUUUGCCAAUGGAGGCUUGCAAGAUUGUUGAAGGACAACGGUAUACAAAAAGAUUGAACGAGAAGCAGAUCACGUCCCUGCUUAAAGUUACUUGCCAGAGACCCAGGGAACAAGAAAUGGACAUUUUGCAGACAGUUCAUCAGAAUGGAUAUGACGAAGAUCCCUAUGCGAAAGAGUUUGGGAUCAAUAUCACUGAUAGGCUUGCUUCUGUUGAAGCUCGAGUUCUACCUGCCCCUUGGCUGAAAUACCAUGAUACUGGCAAAGAAAAAGACUGUUUGCCUCAGGUCGGUCAGUGGAAUAUGAAGAACAAGAAAAUGAUAAAUGGAAGCACUGUAAACUACUGGGCUUGUAUCAACUUUUCACGGAGCGUUCAAGAAAGUACUGCUCGUGGCUUUUGCCAGGAGCUGGCGCAGAUGUGCCAAGUCUCUGGCAUGGAAUUUAGCCGUGAACCUGUUAUUCCAAUCUAUUUGGCAAGGCCUGAUCAAGUAGAGAAGGCCCUGAAAUAUGUAUAUAAUGCAGCAAUGAACAAGCUCAAAGGAAAAGAGUUGGAGCUACUUUUAGCCAUUCUUCCAGACAACAAUGGCUCUUUGUAUGGUGAUCUCAAACGGAUUUGUGAAACAGACCUGGGAUUGAUAUCGCAGUGCUGUCUAACAAAGCAUGUUUUCAGGAUCAGCAAACAAUACCUGGCAAAUGUAUCGCUUAAAAUAAAUGUCAAAAUGGGUGGAAGAAAUACAGUGCUUUUAGAUGCUUUAAGUUGGAGAAUUCCAUUAGUCAGUGAUAUACCGACCAUCAUAUUUGGAGCAGAUGUAACUCAUCCGGAGACAGGAGAAGACUCCAGUCCAUCCAUUGCAGCCGUCGUUGCUUCCCAAGACUGGCCUGAAGUCACAAAAUAUGCGGGGCUGGUGUGUGCUCAAGCUCAUCGACAGGAGCUUAUUCAGGACUUGUUCAAGACCUGGCAUGAUCCUCAGCGUGGUACAGUUGCUGGUGGUAUGAUAAGGGAGCUUUUAAUGUCCUUCAGAAAGGCAACCGGACAGAAACCAUUGAGGAUUAUCUUUUACAGAGAUGGUGUCAGUGAAGGGCAGUUCUAUCAAGUCUUGCUAUAUGAACUAGAUGCCAUCCGGAAGGCUUGCGCAUCCUUAGAACCUAAUUACCAGCCCCCAGUAACCUUUGUGGUGGUCCAAAAACGUCAUCACACAAGACUGUUUGCGAAUAAUCAUAAGGACAGAAGUAGCACUGACAAGAGCGGAAACAUCUUACCUGGCACUGUGGUGGAUUCUAAGAUCUGUCAUCCUACGGAGUUCGAUUUCUACCUUUGCAGUCAUGCUGGAAUCCAGGGAACCAGUCGACCAGCUCACUAUCAUGUUCUAUGGGACGAGAACAAUUUCACUGCAGAUGAAAUGCAGUCUUUGACAAAUAACCUCUGUUACACGUAUGCUCGGUGCACACGAUCUGUUUCUGUAGUGCCUCCUGCAUAUUAUGCUCACUUAGCUGCAUUUCGAGCUCGAUUUUACAUGGAGCCGGACCUACCUGACAACACAGCAUCAAGAAACACAUGUGCAUCGAAUGGAAAUGGGUCAUGCGUGAGACAGCUGCCUGCAUUGAAAGAGAAGGUGAAGAGGGUGAUGUUUUACUGCUGAAAAAAGGAUAACCAUGUACAUGAUGAAAGUUGUAUUUUAUAUUGUAGAGCUAUGGUGUAUUACAAUUUUUGAGUGUUUUAAAGUUCUUUCGUAGCUA